AUUAUUUGAAUGUAUUGGGGAGGGAACAUGGGAAUGGGAUGGGGUGUUAUGAUAGAAGAGGAAGUUGGAGGAGGAGGAUGGAGGAAGGGUCCUUGGACUGCUGAGGAAGAUAGAUUGCUCAUUGAAUAUGUCAAGAUUCAUGGCGAAGGUCGAUGGAACUCUGUUGCUAGGCUUGCAGGACUGAAGAGGAAUGGAAAGAGUUGCAGGCUGAGAUGGGUGAAUUACCUGAGACCAGACCUCAAGAGGGGUCAGAUAACACCACAAGAAGAAAGCAUCAUUCUUGAACUCCAUGCUAGAUGGGGAAACAGGUGGUCGACAAUUGCGAGAAGCUUGCCGGGAAGAACGGACAACGAGAUCAAGAACUAUUGGAGAACUCAUUUCAAGAAAAAGGUUAAGAAUCCAUCUGACGCGGCCGAGAAGGCGAAAAGCCGCCUCUUGAGGCGGCAGCAAUUUCAGCAGCAGCAACAGUUGAAGCAGCAGCAGCAGCAAAUUCAACAACAGCAACAAGAAAUUCAAUUCAACUUGGACAUGAAGGGGAUCAUGAUGAUGAACUUGCUUGAGAUGGGAAAUCAUAAUAAUGACAAUAGAAGAGUCCCUUCAAUUUCUCAACAAGAGCCACAAGACAUGUACCAACAACAAAGCUCAACAGAAGAAGAGCAUGGAUACUUCUACCACCCCAUGUUCAUCAAUAACAUUAAUGGCAAUAAUAAUGAUAACUACUCACCAGCUGCAACAGAAUCAUCAAGUGACGAAAUCUUGUGGGAUGGACUUUGGAACUUGGAUGAUGUUCUUGGCAAUUUCACUGCAGCCAGUGCUACGAGCAAGCCAACAACUUUAGUUGCUCCAUUUUGCUAAUAAAACAAUAAAUGUUUCUUGUAUUUAUUUUACAUUAAUAUCGUGUCAAUUCCCUUGUUAUCUACUGUUAUAUUAUUUUAAACAGUAGACGAUAAAAAAAGUUUGCACGAUAUAAUAUGUAAAAUAAAUACAUUUAACAUUUUAAUUUCCUUGGUCAUUUGAAUUAGGAGAAGGUAUGAAGCUUAAUUAGUAGAAGCAUAUAGUACUCCAAAAUUUGGGUCAUCGUGGCCUUUGAUGAUAAGGCUCCAAAAUCUAGGAGCUAUUGGAGUUUAGGAUUAAUUCAUGCAUUAAGGUGUGGAACUUUAUUUAGUAAUAUAUA